UGCGUGCUCCGCCUCGUCCAUUCUUGCCUCGGUCUUAUAUCCGGUCUAUUAUAUUUCAACUCUCUAAUCUAUCCUGAAACAAAGCCUUCUUAAUAUAUGAAUGAGACAGACCAGAAGAAAAUUAAAGCGCUUACGUCGACAUCCUCCGGCUGAGAAAAGUCUGUGCUGUCGUCCGACGCGCGUGAAUCCGCCGUUGAACCGCGGAGUUCCUGCGUUUGUCUUGACACAUGGUGAAUACGAUGAUUCCCAUUUAUCCACACGACGAUUCCUCACUCACAUGCUGCCGAAUGUCGAAUUAAUGAUACAGAAACGACAAGAACGUGACGGUGACAGGUCGUAUGUUGGCGACGCCGUUGCUGUGGCAACCGCUAGGUUACGCACAUGCAGCCCGCGUUCACUCGGCUGA